AAUCGCCACCCGGCAAGCAGCCAUCCCGCAGUGACGUCACAUAGUCGUCACCGCCAAUCCUGCACAGAUUUCAGCGUUUAUUUUGAGGUUACCCGAUUUGUUCCCCAAAAAUACUACACAAGGAAACAUCAUGGCGAACAGAUCUACGUUAAAGGAAGGUAUCACAAUUCGUGGGUUGUCCAGAUACCGCUUGUGGGCGUGCCGGGGGGUGUUGGUGGGCGCGUCCCUGGCGCUGGUGGGGGCGCUGGUGGUGUUCACAGGAAUGGUCGUCGCCUCUACAUUCUCAUACAGCGAUUAUAUUCUACGUGCACUAGAGGGUCCUAUAGCUGCAGACGAUCCGGAACUGCUUCGUUAUAUUCAAGAGGAGCUGCUGAGAGCACCGUCGAGCAAGCCUUAUAAUAUUUUGGGAGACAAAAAUAUUGCCAAUCGUGACUAUGAAGAGAGUGAAAUUUUCUACAACGAAUCCCUCAGAGUUCUCUUCAAGGACAAGCAUGGUGGGUUCUUCGUGGAAGCCGGAGCGUUGGACGGAGAGAGCAUGUCGAACACGCUGUGGCUGGAACAGGAGGCGGCCUGGACGGGCCUCCUGGUGGAGCCUGAUGUCCCCAACUACCUCAGCCUCGUCUCCAAGCACAGGCGAUCCUGGUCCGCCAAUGUUUGUCUCUCGCCCAACUCCUAUCCCUCCAAGGAGAUGCUGACCAUCAUGCCUCACUUCCCCGGCCCCAUGGCUGUGGCUCUGGGCUUCAAGACGAGAGCCAUGCACAGCCUUACCCAUUACGCCUCCGACAGGGUAAAUGGCAACUCGUGGUUCCAGAAGGUGCAGUGCAUUCCGCUAGAGUCCCUCCUGCUGGCCAUGGGGGUGACCCGCGUCGACCUGCUUAGCCUCGACGUUGAAGGCGCCGAGCUCGCCAUCUUGGACCACUUCGACCUGAAGAAAUUCGAUGUUCAGGUGCUGUGUAUUGAAUGGAAGAAAAUGCACGAGUUGGACGAUGUAGCUCGAAAUCUGAGCUCGCGAGGCUACGUUGAGGUUGCCAGGAAACUGGAGGACCUCAUACUUGUCAAGAAGGGGUCGGAGUACGAGGCUCGGCUGCGAAAGACACCUCACACCUGAUAAAUAGCUGUCUUGUACCUUCACUGUGGUUGCGAGUUGUUGUUUUUUUAAGUUGGUGUGUGAUCUGGUGGUCCAAGGGUGCUGGUAGGGUUUGGGUCCAAGGGUGCUGGUAGGGGUUGAAAGUCAAUCUGUAGCCUAUUAAUACAAAUCUUGCGAUUACCCUCGUGUCAUUUAAAAUAGAUAUUGUUUAAAAUGCUGCAAUCCUUGCUCAGUCAUUAGGAUAGGAAAUCUUUAGGUAUCCGAACGGAAAGGAAUGGGGUCAUUUGUAGCCACUAGUAUCUCUAAAUACCUGACUGCUAAUUAUAAUCAUCCUUUUAUGCCAUGAGGUGGUGGGAAUUGUUAAAUUAACAGUACAAUGUAAAGUAGGGAUUGAUCUAACUGUUUUUGGUCCCUACACCAAAACAAUUAAAUGGACCCCACCCUCUGUUGAUCGUGUACAGUACAUUAAUUGGACGAAAAAAUAAUGGGGAAGUGUUACCAAGUGACUGAUUACUCCAAGUAUUGAUACGUGUCCAUUUUAUUGGUACCAAAAACAAAAGUGCUGGGAUACCGAAUGUCCUGGCCUACGUAGCCUAUUGAGCAAUACGAUCCUGGUAGAGAAACGCCAAGAUAUAUGAGUACACGGCAAGUUACUCAAGGUAUUAAAUCUAACAGGUAUACAAGAUUAGUGUUAAUGAAAAAUAAGACCGACAGAAGAGGUGUUAGUGAGACAUAGGCGAGAUGAGGUCAAUGAGGUGGUGAGAAUGAGAAAUGUUACAACUCACACGCCGCCUCACUCGGUUUUUCUUCUAUUACACCAAUCAUGUGUACUCUUUAAGUCUUUACAUUUUUCGUUUAACUGCAUUUGUAUUGAAAAUAAACAUUUUUCGAUUA